AUGUUGGUGAUGCAUGAAUCAACGGCAGGAAUUUUACUGUGUCGUGUUGGCGAUGGAGAGAAUAGCGAGAUCAAAAUCGUGGACAAGUAUCUGUUCAAGGAAAAUAAGGAAGCGGUGAACAUACUCAGCGAGAUUAAGAACCACAGGAUAAACGAUGAGUUAUGCGGGUUCCUGAAGAAGAAUGUGAGUGAAGACGAAUACUUGAUAGUAAACGACAAAGAACUGGUUAAAAGUCUUGGCGAAAAGGCAAUCAAAGCAAAAGAGGACCUCAUACUACAGAAGAAACUAAAAAUGGAGAUAGAGACACGGAUUCUAAAACAUUUUGAUCUGACAGAAGAGGAAUUUAGGAACAAAUGGAGAUAUAUAGCAGACAACAUAGCGACAGACUCGCUGCACUUCCAGGUGAAGGAGUUUGACACCAUGGUUAUACAGAGCAUCAAGCUGUACGAUGAUUUGGAAAAGGACGUUAAUAUGCACUCUAUGAGAAUUAAGGAGUGGUACGGAUUGCACUUUCCUGAGCUCAGCAAUUUGAUCGAGAAUAACGAGAAAUAUCUGCGUGCGGUCGAUCGCAUUGGCAACAGAGAGAAUCUUUCAAAAAUGGAAGAUGAGGAGUGUAGCGAGUUUAACAUGAAGAAGGUGCAAAAAUUGGCAAAAAAUAGCGUGGGCUCGGAUCUCAAGGAUGAAGAUAUUAAAAAGAUCAAGGAGGACAUUGCAUGCGUACUAAGCAUGAUAACGUACAGAACUGAGUUAGUGUCCUAUCUCACAGAGAAAAUGAACGAAAUAGCACCUAACGUAACCGAACUGCUUGGUGUUAUGGUGGGAUCUCGUUUGCUGGUUAAGGCAGGCUCACUUUCUGCGCUGAGCAAGAUGCCAGCCAGCACAAUCCAAAUCCUUGGUGCAGAAAAGGCUCUUUUCAAUGCACUGCGGCAGAACGGCAAGACACCCAAGUUCGGAAUAUUAUUCCACGCUCCUCUGGUCUCUAACUGUGCUAACAAGGGCCGGAUGGCGAGAAUGCUGGCUGCCAAGACAGCUAUUGCAGCACGUGUUGAUUACUACAAGAAAGAUAGAGAUGGCGCUCUCGGCAAAAAAUACUACGAACAGUUGGACAAGAAGAGACAGAAGAUGCAGGACGUAGGUAGCAAAGGAGUGGUCGUUAGGAAAAAGACUGGCAGCAAACCAAAGGUUGAAAAAAGAUAAAGAAGUAAAUUAAAAGCCUAUUUUACAGAAAAUGCGAUUGUGCUGUGCUAUUCUUCAUACAGAGCAUGCAAAUGAUGGCUUAAAAACCACGACAAAGU